CAGGGGGUUCCCGGAAGUAUCUAUCUAUUUACUCGCCCAAUAAAGGGGAUCACCUCAACUCGCAGUGUUCAAUUUCUCCACAAAUACUUAUCAGCUACAACUCUUUCCUCCGACUAAGUACGCAUUGGUCUGCCAUAUUAGGAAACCGAUCUAUAUUCCGACCGGUCCCCACAAGAGACUGACUGCCCGUCAUUCACCGUGGACUAAACUCUCAGAACCUGACUUAGGAAAGCGUUGCUCAAUGUGGCCAGAUCCAUGUUAGGAUCUCACCUCAUUUGUUUCAAGUUGGACUGGCAAUCACCAGCUCCCAUGCACUAGAAACGUUCCAGCGCUGUAUUCAUUCUGGCCUCACUUUGCAGAAAGUAAAAUGGUUCCCCGCCAAGAAGAUGAUGAUGAGGAUGACAUUUCGCUCACUUCGACGGUUGAGAGUGAGCCAAAAUCGGAAUAUGAAGUCGAGCAAGUCCUAGCUGAGCAGCGUUUCGAGGACGGUGUCCGCUAUCUGGUGCAAUGGGCUGGCUAUCCUCCUGAGAGGAACUCCUGGGAACCUGCCGAUGCCUUCAGUGAUGGGCAAACAAUCCUCGACUGGCGUCGGAAAAAGAACGAUAUCGCAGCAGGAAAGUGCAAGAGUUUUGAUGUAGAUGCCUGGCUGCAAUACAUGGAAGACUUUGAAGAAAGGAGAGAGAACCGCAAGCGCAAACGCGAAGCUAAGAGACGAAGGCUAGGAGCAUCAGCUGGGACAAGCAAAGCUGCGCAGAGAACUGAUUCACAGCGACCUCUACAGAAACCUUUGGCUCGACGCCAUUCCAGCGGUCCAGGAGCACCGGCACAGAGGCGCGUUCACCGGGAAGUACCUCCGGUCUUGUUCGGCGGUGGCAAGCCACCUCAAGCUCACCCGCAGCGUCGGAGCUCUCUCCACGCGAGCACGAGUAUGAAUUCAGGCAAAUGGUUUCCAAAUCUAUCAUCGAAGUAUUGGCACCAGAAGGCCAGAACCAAAGAAUUAGAUCCUGUCCUUGACGGCUUGGACCUGAGACGACCAUCAGAGUGGCCUGAAAACCCUCCCAUCGGCCCUACUAGAGCCACCGAAUGCAUUUCAGACAUACAACCCGCACCUGUAUCUGAUUCAGCAGCCUCUGGGUCUUACCGAAAUAGGUCUCCUGAAAAGCUGGAUGAAAAUACUACCCGAGUGAUUGAGCCGGGGGAAACGCGCAACGAAUCGGGCCAUGAACCAUUUUCGGGCAGACCACCUCGAGCGAAAAAAAUCAUGACCCCGUCAGGUCUACGGCUUGUAGGCCUUGGCGAGCUGUUAGUUCGGAUCCUAUACGGUCCGGAUAGAAGGAUUAUAGGCGCCGCUAGGCUUUGUGGCCUCGGGAAUAGGAUAAGAGCUCAGCUUCUUAGGCACAAGAGAGGCCACAGCCUUGACAUUUGGUUUCAACAUGUCUGUACAUUGGAUCAAUACCAAACAAUAGCUCCGAAUGCAAUGGGCAGAGCCUAUGAUGUUGGUUGGAUCGAAGGAUAUGACGAUACCACACCCGAUAUCCGCCUAAUGUCACAAGACCUCAAGCAAGAAAACACUGUGGCUAUAUACAACUUUGAGGGAGUGGGGCUGGCGUUUCUCGCUUACCCUCCCGAUUCACUCGGCUUUCGAGAUCUGAGCAAUCUACGCAAGGACAUCCCCGAUGUGUAUCUUCACAUUCAUGUUAGAGAAUCCCUGAAUUCCAUUGAGCAACUUCGCCAUAACGCACACGUUCAAAAGUCAAACCCACGAUAUCCUGAAACCGAGAUCACCCGAUCGGCCGAGAAUUUGAAUAGAUCCGACCAUUUGUCAAUCACAGAGGGGUAUGAAGAGACCAAAAGGGAGUUUACAAGAUCCAUGAAAGAUCGAACCGUGACAGAGAACGCUUUAAAACGUCACAUGUCCCCUGAACAACACGUAGCAGGGGCUACUGUGAACGAGCCCAGCCUACCGAAUUUACUCGAAGACAUCAAUACCGACCCUUCUCUACCAGAACCCGCUGGAUUUGAAGCAAUGGAUAUCGAUCAUGAAGGGCCACCACCGGCUCUUGAACAGAAGAAAUCUCUCACUGAUGAUGAGCUUAAUCUGAAGAAUGUCUUCAAAAAACAAUUCGAAGUGAAUUUUGAGACUUUGGUCAAGGUGAAUGCAGGGUCGAAAACUCAAUUAGCAAAGGUACUAUACCUUAUGUACCCGGAAGAUCCGGUUCAUGCCGAAGAGUUUCAGCUGUUGGCCGAGUUCCUCAAACAUUACAACCCAGUCAUAUAUUCCAGCCGGUAUGAGGGGGACUGGGAGAAGUUUGCGCGGACAGUCUCUAACGGAGUCGUGUUCUUCCACGAGAGCUUUGCGGCCUUCCACACACUUCCAUUCCUCAAACAACUCCUUGGAAAAUCCUCCGUCGGUUUUUGGAGCGUUUCGUUGGUCAAGCCGCUGCAAUUCGCCGACCAUCCUUCUCACUUUCAACGCAUAUUUCCCCACGGCUGCGUCAUUUUGAUGACCGAGGAAUUCAUGGUGCGUGAGCAGCAUGGCACGAUCGUCUUGCUUGCCUGGAUGAACGAUUGGAUGAGGAAGAAGAUCCCGGGGUAUUGGAAGAUGAUGUUCCGCCCUGAUGUCCUGAACUGGGUUCUCCAGCAACACGAAACCAGUCCACAGGCGGAUCAAGAAAAUUGGUUAACCAUGUACCGUCUGAUCUCGCAACUCUGCGUCCCCUCCGCCUACGACACUGCCUCCGGCCAAAUCCUACCAGGCUGCACCGACGAGUACUUCGAAAGCAACGCCAUCUCCCCUCCCACGCUCCAGGGCUACGGGUCGCGUACCGAGAAAGACAACCCCGACAUCCCCGCCGGCCUGUCGCGCGCGCACCUCGAUGCCGACCACCUGGUCGAAUUCUUCGCCGGCUGGGCCCUCGUCAAUAACCAUCUGUACCGCCGAUUCGUGCUCAAACACGGCGCGAGGGAAUUCCUUGAAUCCUUCAAGAUCGACUACAGAUACUAUUGGAGCAAGCUGACCGAGAAGCCCGGUUCGCAGGGCGGAGCAAAGGACCACCACAGCCAUCAGGCAGCAUCGCCUUACACGCCGCGUACUCCGGGCGGCCUUCGUGCGGCGCCCACUGAACACAAAGCUUCGAGGCUCACGCAAACUAUGAACUCGGCGUCGGCGCAGUAUAACUAUCCCGAGCCUUACCAAUGA